CUACCUCUUUCAUUGCAUUUAACGAACAAGAGGAAGCAUUGUCAAUCAAUUUCGUUUCUUCCUUCGUACAUGCCUCAUGCCUCUUGCCUACGACCACAUGCACAAGGCGGUAACAACAUAAGCGUGCCACACGGGCUUGACUUGGUGGGCUGUCAAUUUACACACAGAACACCCUCACGACACUAGAACACAUCCCUCCUUCGGGUAUUACUUACUCAGUAUGCCCAGUAUGCCCAGUAUGUGUGCGUGGUUAUCUGGAAAUGGAAAUGGAGCCAAGGCAUGUUCCCCGACAGCACAUCGAUUGGAUGAAUUAUAACGUAGUAACCGAGUGUUCCUUUGCUCUUCCUUGGUUGUAUACAGCAAGCACCACACAGAGACCGCACAGAGACCACACACAGAGAGUAAUGGAAGUCUACACCUGGCAGACCUGGCUACGGCACAAAGGGGUGCAUGCAUUUCCCUCGAGGUUUGCAUUGCCAUUAGUCUACUACCUACCUUAUAUCAUAUGCGACGGACUGGCAGUAACACGGGGCACCGCCACUUUUAUUAUACAUGAUAAUCUCCCGAAGAAGAAGUAUACAUCACUCUGUACCUACUUACCUCCGCUUCAUUACCUGCGAGACGUAACUUGUAAAACCAGUAUUUCCAUACUACGCAGAGCUGGCCGAUGGUACAACACGAGCCACCUCACGCUUUUUUUUGCUUCUUCCUCUCUGCUCUUUUCUUUUCUUCGCCUGCCCUGUGCUUGGUUACCCGUGGAGAUAUCCAAGCUUUUUGGCACCACAAUGCCAGGAUUCGUCAUGUAUUUCGUCAUGUGUCUUUCAGUCAUACAUAUUACGUAUCUGAUGGACCGGUAAUAGCUCCUGCGUACGUGUGUAUACCGAUACAACAUCCCUUUCAGGAUACUCGAUCAAGAUUUCCUCCACAAUUCGAGGUCAAAGUCCUCAGGUUCUUCGAUGGAUAAGCCCACUUAUGUAUGCAGCGGAUAGAUCCCUCCCAUGUUC